AUGUCGGAAGGAUUAAACUACUGUGGACCAUGUCUCCGAGGAGAAGAAACAAACAUUGCUGUCGUUCAUUGCUUAGAGUGCUCUCAGAGUCUGUGUGAGAAUUGUAAGAUAUUCCACCAGAGACUUGAAAGUCUUUCUAGGCAUAAACUGUGUAACUUGGAUGAUGGAAAAACCGACACUGACAAGCUUGACUUUUUAAAGUCCCUCACAAAAUGUCCCGAGCAUCAGUCAGAGGAAGUUCGAUAUAUGUGCAAGGAUCACGACCAGCUCUGUUGCAACGAUUGUGCCAUUGUUAAACACAGAAACUGUGAACAUAUGGUUUCUUUGAGUGAUGAAAUUACUACACAGGGUACAACAGGUCGGGACACAAAGAAGACAAAAUUCGACCCAAUUGAACAGGAUGCGGGGAAGUUGAUUAGAUUCGAAAAGGAACACGAUUCGACUGUCAGUGCUUCUAUAGCCCAGGUAGAAGAGAAAUUGGUGAAAAUGAGGAAUAUAAUAGACGAAACGUUCCUAAAAAUAAAGCAAGCGAUUAAAUGUGAAGUUGCAGAGAAAACCGGUAGCAUCCGAAAACAAAAUCAGAUGCAAAUCGAAAGAAUUGAAACCUUAAAGAGUGAAAUUGAAAGCUCCCACAGGAAGUUAGAUUUUGUGUGCAAAAACGGAGGAAAAGUUCAUUUAUUUCUUGUUGGAAGAAAGUUGAUUACUGAAUUGACAAGACAUGAGGAAAUGUUGCAAAAGCUUCAAAAAGAAUCAAACAUUAGAAACAUUAAUUUGGCAGAGAAUAUAAAAGCCUCUUCUGAACUAAAAGACUUGGAACCAGCGUUAAUGUAUGAAGGAAAAACGUUGUUACCAACAGGAAGUGUACAUUCAUGCAUCUGGAUUGACAAUAAUAUUGUGGUCGCUAAGCAACAAUCGAAUCAAAUUCAUUUGUUUGAUGUCGUUGAUAAAACGCUUAAAUACAAUAAAACGAAGACAAGUUCGUCAGAACACUGGUCCGCGGCGAAAAUAGACAAUUCAAAGUUUGCCAUCUGCUUUCCUGCAAUUAAAACUAUUGAGAUAACGAAGAUCGUCGAAGGAGCUUUCGAAACAGAGAAAAUCAUAGAAACAAGCAAUUAUAUAUGCUAUGUAACUUUUGACAAAUUAAGUUCAGAAAUGAUCUGUCUUUCGCGAUCUGGGGCAAUUGAUUACUACAAACUAGAUGGCACAAUGUCCAGAUCCUUGUCGUUAACGCCUGUGAUGAAGAAAGCUGUGAGAAAUGCAUACAGCAUUUGUUUUGAUAGUGACAGACAGGUGCUAUACAUUUCAAGCCACACGCUUCACAAGUUGCUCGCUGUCAGAUUAAAUGGUGAAACUGUCUUUGAAUACAGUUUCCCGAAAUUAUAUUAUCCUUGGUAUAUUGACAUAGACAGAGACGGGAGCAUUUAUCUUCCAUUCUACAGAUUACAUGAAGGCAUGGGUGCUGUGGGUGCUGUCCACCAGAUAGGAAAUACUGGAAAGCUUAUACGGGAAAUUAAACUUCCUGGACAUGGAACGUCUGUAUGUUUUGAUAGGGCAAGGACAAAGUUUGUUGUUAGUUGUUCUGCAAAUAAAUACCUUGUUCUGCUGUAUACUAUUAUUUAA